AAGAUUUUUCAAUGACUAGGUUAAUAGAAAUAGAAAUAGAAAAUAAAAAAAUUAUAGACAAGGGUUGGUCUACCCUUGGAGGCAAUUCAGGUCUCUUGAUCUUCAAUCUUCUUCCAUGGCCGCCUCCACUUCUUCCUCCUCCACCUCCGAUCUAUCUUCAUCCUCCUCCGAUCGAGACCGUCGUUCACGCCGCCGUAAAGACAAACACAAAAAAGACUCUCUUAAGAUCUCUAAGAAAAGCCGUUCGCACACCAAACGUCGUCGUAGGCGCAGUCCUUCAUCUUCCUCUUCCGAUGACUACAGUUCAUCUGGCAGUGAAGAUAGAUCAGGCAGUCGCUCAAGGAAGCAUAAACACGAACAUAGACACAAAAAGAAGGAUAAAGACAAGGGGAAGGCUAAACAUCACAGCAAACGCGAUAAGCGUAAAGUAAAGGAGAACCAGAAGGAUGGUAGCAGCAGCCCUGUUCAACUCUCUAAGUUUCUGGGUCGUGACAAAGACGACGGCGUCCAGCGCAGUGUAGUAUCUGGCAAAAAGAUCUUAUUAAAAGUUGACAAGACAAAGGAAGAUAAGAAGGCAGAAAACAAUCGGAACCAGCUUCUGAAGUUUUUAAAUGCUAGCUAUGAUUGAUUUUAUGGCGAAUCAAUCUUGACUAGUUGUAUCCAUGAAAGAUUUUGAUCGGCCUGUUUAACGUACAUUGUUCUUCAUUUUUUGGGUCGGUGAAACUGUAUGUUUUAUCAUUGGUGGUUUUUCAGAUUUCAAAGUUCUCACAGGAUGGUUGAUGUUUUUUGAAUGGGAUUUUGUGGGUAUGUACUUGCAAACUGAGUUCGGAACACAAGUUUGAACUGAACCCGGUUUGCUUAUCUUCUCUGUUGUACGUUUGUUCGUGAGAAACUUUUUGACGUUUCUUUUAUUUGCUCAAUAUGUCGUAUUUGCUAAAUCAAACUUAAAUAUAAGAAGUUUUAGUGUUUUUCGA